ACAACCAUGAGGGCGGUGCCUCAAUAGACUGCCCCCCUCAUUGUGACGUCAGAGCGGCGCUGGCUAACCCGGAUGUAACCAACGCCUAACUUGGGGUGAGACGGCACAGACGCAGGCUCACGGCGACACGCAGUGCCAUCACAGCCCUCUCUCCAGCAAGCCUUCUCUUCCUGUUGUGUUUUCUGGCGCCUUCUCACCCUGCAGAUGCAGACCAUAAAGUGUGUGGUGGUGGGGGAUGGUGCAGUGGGGAAGACCUGCCUGUUGAUUUCAUAUACAACCAACAAGUUUCCUUCUGAAUAUGUCCCUACGGUGUUUGACAAUUAUGCUGUGACAGUGAUGAUUGGAGGGGAGCCCUACACUCUGGGACUGUUCGACACAGCAGGUCAGGAGGAUUAUGACCGGCUUCGGCCCCUAAGCUACCCUCAGACGGACGUCUUUCUCGUCUGCUUCUCCGUCGUAUCCCCUUCCUCCUUUGAGAAUGUUCGCGAGAAGUGGGUGCCAGAGAUCUCCCACCACUGCCCACGAACCCCCUUCCUACUGGUGGGAACCCAGGUGGAUCUAAGGGACGACAGCAACACAGUUGAGAAGCUAGCCAAGAACAAGCAGCGCCCCCUGUCACCUGAGAGUGGGGACAAACUUGCUCGGGACCUGCGUGCUGUCAAAUACGUGGAAUGCUCUGCCCUCACACAGCGAGGACUGAAGAACGUGUUUGACGAGGCCAUCCUGGCGGCACUGGAGCCCCCCGAGACCAAACCCAAGAAGCGCUGCACCCUGCUAUAAGGGGGGGGGGGG